AUGACCGAUUCCUAUCCUUCGUCACUAAACAAUGUCUUUCAGGUACCCCUGAAGGACCAAUAUGACCCUGUUCAUUUGACUUCAGACAACAUAGUCCCUAUUCUCGAGCUUCCACUUGCGAAGAAGUUACUGGGCCAUGAUGCUGCCGAUGCGGACGCCGUUGGCAAAGUGGCCGAUAAUGAGAUCUCAUAUACUACCUUCCUUGCCGGCCAAGCGCGAGCAGCCCUCCAAACCCCGCGCGAUGACCUGACCGGCGAGCAAACACAAUCGCAAAUUCUGCACAUUGGUCUGGCAGCCCUUUUCAGCUUUCUUCAGUCGACUGUAACUGGACCUCCUCUGGAUUUCUCCUCGGCAGAUGUUGUUUUCCCUCUUGAUAUUCGAAGCAAUACCGAUACCCUUCGAGCUGUUCGCGCCAAGAUCAAUCGUGAUCUGUCUGUUGAUGGAGAAGCGGCUUAUAAACUUACGCCCAACUCGGAGCUGUUUGCGAUUGCGAAGGCCUUGAUUGUGGAUAGUGGGAUUGAAGGAUCGGUACCUGCAAAGACGGCGCGCAUGCGCGUCAACUUUCUGCACCAGAAAAUGCUUUCGGAGGUUACGAGCACGUUACAAGACUUGAUUUACAAAGAUGUCGGGGAUUUGACCAAGGCCGAGCUCAACUCGGAUGAAACUGGUCGUUUCUUACUAGAGCGUGCUAUUAUCAACACCCACCACGGGUUUGAUGGCAAGGCACGCGCAGAUCUUGACCAGGCAGCUCAGGUCCGAAACUUUGAGUUUGCUCUUACAGGACAGUUGGGAAAGCGAACAAAGUUCCAAGAUCGCGAUCUCAGUCAGCUUGUUGUUCUAGCUAAGAGCGCCGAUGAGUCUCUUGCGUCAACUAAGCCAUCUAAUCCAUCUGGUCCCCAGAACUUGGAUCUGAAUGACGACACCCUACUCGAGGCUAUAUCUUUUGCGGAUAAGAAAUCAACGACCGUUCAGGACAAAUUAUCUGUAACUUUGCAAUCAGUUAACCCUAAUGACCAACCUAUUUUGAGUCCAGUGGACUCGGCAAUUUUGCUGGCUCUGGCAUCUGCUAUCACCAAUACUGCUCCUGAUAGUGGCCUAACCCGCGAGGAAACAGCACCCUACGCAAUCCGAGUUCUGGAGGGUGGUAGUUCGAACUGGCAAAUCUACACAGAAGCACUACUUGUACGUAGUCGGGUGGAGGGUUUCCGUACUCGCACCGUUGAGAGAUCUGUGUUGCAGAUGCAGGCUCUGGUUGACCAGGUGAUCGCAGACACGGCGACCGAUGACUCGGCCGCACAAGAGCCAUCAUCUGAGCCAACUACUUUUUUGCCUCGGCCUGAAAAAUCCGAGUCUGCCCCCGCUGCUGACCGUAUGGAAUAUAUUUGGCUUCUCAACUUCUCCACAAGGUGGAGUUUGGAAGCCGAGCUAGCCAAGCGCUGGGUAGAGCUAGGUGGGCUUCGCACUGCACUAGAAAUUUAUGAGAGACUUCACAUGUGGGCCGAAGCAGCACUGUGCUACGCCGCAACUGAUCGCGAGGGCAAGGCCAAGACUGUUAUUCGCCGCCAACUUUAUGAGCCUACGGGUUCAGAUGAGGAUGAUGAGAGUGAGCUGUUUGAGGGUCCUGAGCGGUCAAUUCUGCCAGCUGAUGCGCCUCGCCUGCUCUGCAUUUUGGGAGAUAUUGAUAAGGACGAGAAGAGGUAUGAGCGUGCUUGGGAGGUGUCGAACCAGCGAUAUGCGCGGGCUCAACGCUACUUGGCUCGUCAUUACAUGGCUCUCGCACCACCAGAGCUAGAAAAAGCCGAAGAGGCUUAUCGAAAGAGUUUGCACAUCAAUCGUCUGAAUCACGGUGCCUGGUUCGCCCUUGGCUGUGUUCAACUCGAGCUCCAGCACUGGGAGGAUGCCACUGAUUCUUUCACGCGCUGUGUCCAAUUAGACGAUACAGAUGGUGAGGCAUGGAGUAAUUUGGCGGCCGCGAUGCUUCAAACAUCAGCACCAGAGCCAGUAUCAGAUGUGGUCACCGAGGGCACUGACGAGACAUCAACCGCCGAUGCCGAAGCAGACCCAUAUAAGCGCAAGCGUGAGGCUCUGACUGCUCUCCAGCGUGCAGCUCAAUUAAAGCACACCGAUGCCCGCAUCUGGGACAACGUUUUGACUGUAGCUGCUUCGAUCCCACCACCACAAACACCAUUCCGUGAUGUAGUCACUGCCCAAAAGCGCGUAAUCGAGCUUCAGGGCGAGAAAAAGGGCGAGAAAUGCAUUGACCUCCCAAUUUUGGGUAUGCUCAUUGACUUCCUCGUUACAGGCUUCGAAUAUGACUCUCUUCUUAUUCCCACCGAUGAAGGUCCCAUUGUCCGCACGGGAACAAUCCCCGGUCAAAUCCUAUCCCUUCUGGACAAUAACAUUGUUCCCCUUAUUACCCACUCUUCAGCCCUGUGGCUGCUCAUGUCUCGAGUUGAAGUAUUCCGUGGCCGACCCAGCCGUGCUCUAGAAGCGCAGGAGAAAGCGUGGCGUGCUACUGUCGCUGCUUCUGCGCAGGGUGCUUUCCAGAUGGGAGACAAGAAGCCUUGGCUUGAGGUUGUGCGUGCAACAGAACGCCUUGUCCGUGAUGGAUACGCGCGAUUUGGACCUAUGGACCGCGAAGAUCAAAAGGUGGCGGGAGAUGCGGAGCUGGAAUUGGUUGCCAGUGACUGGCGAUUCAAGGCUAGGAGUGCUGUGAGAGGUAUCCUGGGCAAGGGCAAGUCCUUCUGGGAGGAUACCGAGGGAUGGUCUCGAUUGAAGGAACUGCAAGGCGAAGUAACUGGUAAUUAG